AUCCGAUCCAACUUGUGGCACUUUUUUUUUGGCACUUUCACUAAAGCGUCUUCGUUCUGUCUUCUCCUCUUUCUCUCUGGCGACGUCGUCCUCUUCGUACUGAACUAGGCAAUGUCGGUCGUCUCGGUUCAUCAGUUGGCGUCGUGCAUCACUUGCCAUGCUUGGAGCCCCGAUCACUCAAUGAUUGCCUUUUGCCCGAACAAUGAUGAAGUUCAUAUAUAUGUUGUUUCGUCUGACAAGUGGGAGAAAUUGCAUGUUCUACGGAAGCACGAUCAAAUUAUUUCUGGCAUUGAUUGGGGUGUGCUUUCAAAUAAAAUCGUUACAGUUUCACAUGAUCGAAAUUCCUAUGUCUGGAGCCAAGAUGGGCCUGAAUGGGUGCCUACGCUUGUUAUUCUUAGACUUAAUCGCGCUGCUCUUUGUGUACAGUGGAGUCCCAAAGAGAACAAAUUUGCGGUUGGAAGUGGGGAUAAAUUUGUUUCUGUGUGCUACUACGAGCAAGAGCACAACUGGUGGGUCAGUAAAAUUAUACGGAAAAAGCACAAUUCAUCAGUUACUGGUGUAGCAUGGCAUCCCAACAAUGAUUUUCUUGCAACAACAUCAUCUGAUGGGAAAUGUCGAAUUUUCUCUACUUUCAUCAAAGGUGUUGACUCAAGGGGUUCGGAAGCAGCAUCAUCCUCAGAAACAAAGUUUGGAGAGAAAAUUUUGCAGUUGGAUCUUUCUUUUAGCUGGGCAUUUGGUGUCAAGUGGUCUCCUAGCGGCAAUACACUUGGUUAUGUAGGUCACAAUUCAAUGAUUUUCUUUAUUGAAGAUAUUGGUCCGGCAGCAUCAGCUCAAACUGUCUCUUUCCGUGAUUUGCCUCUUCGUGAUGUGCUUUUUAUUUCUGAGAGGAUUGUUGUUGGUGUGGGAUUUGACUGUAACCCGAUGAUUUUCACAGCAGAUAAAAGAGGCAUAUGGAGCUUUAUUAGAUUCAUGGAUGAGAUAAAGGUUCCAGCAUCAAGCUCAAGAUAUGGUUCACAGUUUUCUGAAGCUUUUGGGAAGUUGUAUGGUCAAUCAAAACAUGGUGCAAGCAGCGACACAGUUGAACCAUCUAGGCCUCGCGGUGGUGCUCAUGAAAACUGCAUUAACUGUAUUGUGCCACUAUGGAAAGAUGGAGAGAGCGCUGUCAAACGUUUCAGCACUUCAGGUUUGGAUGGGAAGAUUGUAAUAUGGCAGUUGAAUGAAGAAACCUUUGCUUGACUGGCAGUGAUGACAACUACUGGACAGCCAUUUCAUUGAACCGCGAAAGAAUCACAACUGCCACCGAGUAGCAUCCGACAGCGUUUCUGCAAGUUAAGAAAAUCACACCUUCGGGCUGGCAAGCGUCCAACUCAUUCCCCUGGAUAUCAUUAAAAAAUAAUAGUUGGGCAGUUUUUGGGGGACACGGAUGAUUUUCAUAUUAUCUGUUGUAAUUUUAGUUUCUGGUACCGUUGUGUUGUAUGUGUGUCUUAGCGAGCUUUUUGUAGCCAAUCCAAUGUAGUAGCUUCUUGGCUUGGCUUUGCAUAGGAAGGAGAACGAAAGAUAACAUAUUUAUACAUACAUUCAUCUGUUUUUA